AAACAACAUAAAAUUCGGCAGGGUUAAUGUUAUGAAACGUUAUUUACUUUCUGAUACUGCAUGUUUCGUAAAAAUGCGUUCUGUCAACAUCAAUUGUCUAGUUCUGGGAAAGCCAUUCAGAAACAUAAUCUCUAUCAAAAUUAAAGAAAACGAAACGAUUGGCGAACUUAAAAGACGUAUUAAAGCUGAAAAAGAUUACUUCGACACUAUCGGUGCAAGUGACCUCAGAUUAUGGCGUACAAAUACCCACAUUUGGAAAGAAGAUCCUCCCAAAUCCAAUCUCCACGUAGUUAUUAAAAUCGAAGAAAGAAAUGUUGGUGAACUCAAGUCUAUGAUUAAAAAACGAUGGAAACCUCUCUUUAGUCAUAUUGUUUCCAACGAACUAAAACUCAUGGCUAUAAACAUCCCUCCUAAUCAGGUUAUUACAUAUGAAGAAGACAAGUGUGUCAUGAAGAACUUAGACAAAAUUAAGAGCGUUUUCGCUAAUUCAAUCUACAAUUAUAACCCUGAUCAUCUUCACGUAAUGAUAAGUUCAGAUACCUGGAAGGAAGUACAUUGUAAAGCCAUUUAUAAAAAAACUAUAUAUGAGAAGCACGAGAACAAUUCCAAUGGAAGAUCACUCACGCAACGGUAACAUUAGUCAAAUUGAAGGACAAGUUACGCAAGUAUUUCUCAGAACUUCAUAAUAUUGAAAAACAGUCUAUUAAGCUUUAUAGGGCACAUGAUGGAAACAUCCAAGGGGAAUUUAUUCGAAGUGAUUCCAUGCUAGAGCGAAUCAUGUGGGGAAAGUUUUAUAGAAUCGAUGUUAGUAUAAUCAUCGAAGUUCA